AACCAUUUUGUCCCAAAAUUGAUGGAUCAAUACCGAGCAACCAGCUGUGCUAAACAGCUGUUUUCGUAAACACUGUCAAGAGCAAGAGUAAACAUAAGAAGACAUAAGUUAAGUUGUGCAAUUGUGUGAUACUGCUAUUUAUUUACGCUUAAUAUUCUGUCGUUUGUUUGACAUAUUAAUUUUGUCAAACACUACAAAAAUGAUUUUAAAAUUUGGACAACAGCUGGGAAAAGCUUAUAGUGUAGUUUCAGUGAUUGGGACUGCACAUAAAAACAAAUUGAGGUAUAUUGCUGCCGCUAUGUUUGGUACUGGUUUUUUAUUAUAUGAAACCUCAAAACAUAAGGUAGAAAUGUCAAGUUCAAAAAUUAACUUAUCAGAUUUCAUGGCAGCACCUAUUACUGAUGUAGCCACUUUAGAAAAAAAUAGUUCUGAUAUGAAAGCCAGGAUGGAACUCCUCAUCAUGAAAAUUCAAGCUGACUUCUGUCGGGCCUUGGAAGCUCAGGAGGACGGAGAGGCUAAGUUCCUGGUGGAUCGCUGGGAGAGGCCGGAAGGUGGAGGGGGAAUCACCUGUGUCCUGCAGGACGGACGAGUGCUAGAGAAAGCUGGGGUAAACAUCUCGGUUGUGUCUGGAACACUGCCGGCUGCUGCGGUAGCUCAAAUGAGGGCUAGAGGCAAGAAGUUCAAGGAGGGGGAGAAGCUUCCGUUUUUUGCGGCUGGAGUGAGCUCUGUUAUCCAUCCUCGCAACCCGAUGAUCCCUACUGUACACUUCAACUAUCGCUACUUUGAGGUCCAAGAAUCCGACAAUACUGUGCAGUGGUGGUUUGGUGGAGGAACAGACUUGACUCCGUAUUAUCUAAAUGAAGAAGACGCCAAGCACUUCCACGGGGAGUUGAAGAAGGCUUGUGAUAGGCACGACAAAAGUUAUUACGCCCGAUUCAAAAAGUGGUGUGACGAUUACUUCAAUAUAUCACACAGAGGGGAAAGGCGAGGAGUAGGAGGGAUAUUCUUUGACGAUUUGGACUCGCCUUCACAAGAAAAAGCAUUUCAAUUUGUGAAAUCAUGUGCUGAAGCUGUCACACCUUCUUAUCUACCUUUGGUGAAGAAGCACAAGAACGAUGGAUACGGUUACGCGGAGCGCCAGUGGCAGUUGUUGCGCCGUGGCCGCUACGUCGAGUUUAACCUUAUCUACGACCGAGGCACCAAGUUCGGCCUCUACACUCCGGGCGCCAGAUACGAGAGCAUCCUCAUGUCUUUACCACUUAAUGCUAAAUGGGAGUACAUGCACAUCCCUGACCCAAACAGCAAAGAGGGUAAGUUAGUUGAAGUACUGAAGAACCCACGAGACUGGUUGGGUAUCGGAGAAUCUACUAGAUCAGCUGGUUAAGAUUGAGAUCGACAUGCCAUCUGAUUUAGAUCAAUAGAUUAAGAUGAAAACUGUACAGUAUGAAACAAAUUUUAUUACUUCCGGGGCCGAGAUUUAUUUUCUCAGAAUCUUUUCUCAAGUGCCCAAACAUGUACAACAUUAGCAAUAUAUUUGCAAACUCAAUGCAUCUUUGUUUUUAUCAUAAAUAUUAACCCUCCUGGUGUCAGUUAUUUUGUGUGUGGUGUCGGUCGAUUUUUGGACAAGAUCUUGCAGUGUGUCUGUGUUCGGUAUUCAUAUUUUUAGAGUAUUUAGAAAUUAAUCAUUAUGUUAAUUAAGUCACUGGUUAAUUAAUCAUGCUAAUGUGUAUAUAAAUCACCACAUUUAUUGUAAUAUUAUUUAGUCUCAGUAACAAUUUAUUGUAAAUAGACUCCCGCUUUCAAUAUUCAAAUGAGAUUGCUAAGCCUGCUCGAAUUUCCCGCCACAGUAAGGCCUA